UAAAUACAGCAGGGAGGCAGUGACAGAGAGACAGACAGACUGAGACAGAGAGAGAGACAGACAGAGUGAAACAGAGAGAGUGAUGGAGGACCAAAAGUGGAUGAGUACGUUUAGGACGAGAGCAGUAGAUCUGCAGGACGAGUGGACGCUCCACAUGGAUGACUCCAUCAAGCCAAAAAAUGCAGGACCGGGGUUCUUUGAGUACCUGAGAGGAUCAUUCGCUGAGUUUCGGUGUUCUGGAUGUGGUCGUUCAUGGCCGUCAAAGCGAGUACAGGUGGUGUUUCAUUUCUCACGUGAUGUUACCAGUGGGCGUGGCAUUGUAAAGGUGCGCCGCUGUAAGCAAGAGUGUCGCCGCUGCAGUGUUCCCCAGAAGGAGAAGCCAAAAUUUAGUCAAGAGAACAUUGACGUGAUGGUGGAGAAACUGAUAGAGAAGAUUAAACUCAAAUGCUACGGGGAGCAAGUGGGAGAAUCAGCCCGACCCUUAUACGUUAUGGGUGAAGUGAAUGGACCACAUGAAAGCGCACACUGUGAGGCCUGUCAGCUGGGGAUCUGCCAACAGGCUACAUUAACCACACAACUGCCCCAGCUGAGCGUCAGUGCUACUAUUGUACCCACUGGCAGGGUAGUGCACUGACAUCUCCAAACACACCCCUACCCUAACACCACCCCCAAAUUACCCCCACGCACGGGAUUGUUUAAUUUCAAGACUGUGCAAUGUUUAUUUAAUUAAUGAUGUGCUUAUUAAAUACUAAUUUAACACAAAUGUACAGA